GGAGCGAGCUGGAGCCGCUCUGAUGGAGGAGAAGGUCCAGCGCUAUGAGGGCUUCGUGUCAGACACCCUGCAGCGAGACCUGCUGAAAGUCAUGGAGAAUCGAGAUGCUGUCUAUGAGAAAAUCAGCCAAUAUCUACAGUUAAAGAAUGUCAUAGAGAGGCUCCAGGAGAUGUCGCCAUCUGAAACCCUCGAAACACAGGUUGAUCUGGGCUGCAACUUCUAUGUGAAUGCUGAGGUUCCAGAUGCCUCGAAGAUCUUUGUUGCUUUAGGAUUUGGAUUUUACGCUGAGCUGACGCUGGACGAGGCAUUGAAAUUCAUUGAAAAGAAAAGCAAGAUGUUAACUGAAAUAAGUGAACAAUUAACUAAAGACGCUGCAAAUAUAAAGGCUCACAUCAGGCUGGUUCUGGAGGGUCUGCGGGAACUACAGGAUCUGCCAGAUGACCAUUAAGAGAGACUUCCAUAUAACAAUUUGUGUGGGUAUGCUGUUUGUGGCAGGGCUGUGGGUAUGCUGUUUGUGGCAGGGUUGUGCGUGUGGUGAGUUUACAUGAAGGUUGUAUGUGGUGUGUUGAUCUGUUAUAGUAAACCUUUGUAUUAAUGUUUGUUUCACGUUGUCUGAAAUCGAACACAUUUGUUGAAUAAAGACUCACUGUAUAUUUGUUUUAAAUU